UUUCGGGUCGACUCUGCACUUGCUUUGACUUGGCUGCCGCCCCUCUGCUACCAUUGUGCAGCCUGUCUCACCUGUGAUCACGUGAUCCAACCUGGAGCGGUGGUUUCCCAGCUGCAGUGCAGGAAGCCCAGCAGCUAGGAUAGAGUUCCCCUCUCCCUCUGCCCUCCCUGCAUCUCUUGGUCCCCCCGGUGCGGCUCAUGUCUGCCUUCAUGUGGCAUGUGGCCCAGCGGCACCACGUGAUGCAGUACGACAAGCUGGCCGAGUUCAUCAGCUUGGUGACAGAGAUCGUCCCGGAGCUCCUGAGCUGCGGCCAGAGGGCUCAGCUUGUCAUGGGGCUGAGAGCCCGGCUGGUUUUGGAGCUGUGUCGUGAUGACGGCCUGGCCAACCUGCAGACCAUCCAGAGCCACUUGGAUAAAAUCCACGCCUGCACCGCCGACCUGAGCUCCUCUCAUCAGCAGACCAGCAUGGAGGUCCUGAAGACUUCAUACACCAACUUUGCUAAUCUGGUCCAGAAGUUGUUGAAUGUCCCUUUUGAAAAGGAGUACUUCUUCCAGGAGGUUUUCCCAACAAACUACGGCUCUGCCUACGACCAGACGCUGCAGCAGCUGGUGUCUGAGUUCCUGUCCAGGCUGGAGCAGCUGCUGCCUGCACCAGACUACACACAGACAGCAGCCUGGCUCACUGAAACAACCGCUGUAGCGGAAGAAUUUGGACAGCAUCUGUCUGAGCCCUUUGCCCUGAAGACACUGCUGCUUUAUCACAGGCAGCUAGGGACGCUCAGCACUGGUCCUUCAUGUAGCCAGGAAGAUGUCAUCCUCUCCACUCUGGCCCUCCCUCCUGAAUUUGAUGUGGAGAAGUUCUCUGUGCUCUACAGUGGUGAUGAAGACUAUGAGGAGGAGGGAUUGGCGAUGCUGGACUCCGAAGAUAAAGACUCGAGUCAAAGCUCAGACACAGGAAGUGAAGAUUUAUUGCCAACAAAGAAAUCAGGUCCGCUGGCCAAGUUAUUCAUCUGUCCUCAGUGUUCAUUUGCUCACCAAGUAAAGAGGAAGGUUCAAGAGCACAUCCAGAGGGAGCACCAAAUGAGAAUUACCCUUGAUGGGAAGGAAUCUGCUAAAAAAGGCAGAAAAAGGGCUGAGCAAAAAAAGAAAGACUUAAUUAUUAAAAACAAGAAAGUACACAAGCAGAAAAGUGACUCACAGAGGAAGUGGGAACAUAAACGCAAAGACACUCUUGAAAACAAGAGAGAACGCAAGAGGAAGAAGGAGGACAAUUCUGAAAACAAGAAGGAACGGUGCAACCAAAGAGAGCUCAGUGCAGACGACAGGAGGUUUCUGAGCACGCGAGCAGUGAACAAAAACUUCACAGAAGAGGAGACCAAAUGCCCAAAGUGUGACAAAGUUUUUGAACUUCCAAAUCAACUGAAGACCCACCUCAAGCUCCACACGCUGCCAUAUCACUGCAGCCAGUGUGAGAAGGGGUUCACCAGCAAGUCUGGCUACUACCAGCACCAGAGGGUCCACAAGAAAGGACGAACAUUUGUGUGCUCCCACUGCAACAAGGGAUUCCUCUGCACUUAUUCGCUCAAGCAGCACGAGCUCAUGCACACCGAGGGCCCCAGCCACCUGUGCACUGUCUGCGGGAAGCGCUUCAGCAAAUUGGGCAUCGUGAGACACAUGCGAAUGCACAAAGGAGAGAAGAAUUACCUGUGCACCACGUGUGGGAAGUCGUUUCUGUCUUCAGGGGAGCUGCUGCUGCACACUCGGUCUCACACGAGGGAGACGCCGUACACCUGCACCCACUGCGGAAAGGGCUUCACCAACACCAGUCACCUGAAUGUGCACGUUCGCUCUCACACCGGGGAGCGUCCGUACCUCUGCUCACAGUGCCCGAAGCGGUUCAUCACGUUGAACUGCCUCAAGAGACACAUGCUCUGCCACGACGGGGUGAAACCGUACAAGUGCUCAAACUGUGGGAAAGAAUUCACCCAGCAGGGCAAUUUGAAAAGACAUUUGACAACUCACCAACCUGACACGUGAUGCGGCCUUUUCACUGUGGUGUCCUGGGCAGCCGUCACAGUGCUGGAGCCACCGGGCAUUUUCCCCAGUGGAAGUUACUGCAGUGCUAACGAAGACAUGCAGCACUGUGAUACAGAAACACUUUUCUAAAUGCAUCAUAUCUUGUAAAAGCUUAAAUGGUGUAGUUUCUUAUGGCAGCAAAAUAUUGUGUUCAUCACUGAAGAUUUUUUAUGUUUACCUUUUGAAGUACCUUGUUAGGAGUUUGUGUAUUUGUUUUUACAACAACGGUUUGCUGUAUAA